CUCGACGACUCAACGAGGUUUGGAUAUGGCGGUCGACGUGGAGACUCUCCGCUGUCGUCGCAAGACUUGCUGUGGCAUUCUUUCCUGCACAAGAGCCGGCGGCGGCAGCGGAGCAAUAGCAACAUUCUUCUUCUUCUUCUUCGUCUUCCUGGUGGUCCUCUCUGUUCCAUCGCGGCCGAAGCUCGCGGAGGCGAGAGUGCAGGCAACGGUUGUCAAUGGGAGGGAAGUGACGGAUUACAGGUACUAUGGCUUCCAAGUAGUGCUCUUUUAUGAGGGGACACUGAAAUGCGGCGCCAGCAUCAUCGCGCCCUCCUAUGUACUCACUGCAGCUCACUGCGUUGAUCAGGGAAGCAUCAGCACCCCCACGUUCUCUUUUAUCCCAUCUUCGGUACCGUCUCCGCUUCCCCCGCGCUCCAGGGAAAACCCACGCCAUCAUCGCAACCUGACCACAGAUCCCGAUGCUGACGCGGAUUACUACGACAUCGGCUAUGGGAGCGCUGACAAGGAUGAGUCCAAGAGGGUGAGGGCCUCUGAGGUCUGGAUUCACAAAGGGUAUAUCCGCAAUGAGACGUAUCAGCGAGUCCGAGUCAGCAACAACUACGCGAUCCUGAAGUUGGUCAAGCCUCUGCCUUUCUCCGACAACGUGCGCUCGAUCUCCCUUUCUCCUGACGACUCUCUGCUGGAGAUUGGAGACGACCUGACUGUGAGCGGAUGGGGAAGUGUACUCACAGGCGGACCGUAUCCGAACAAGUUGAAAUCGGUGACCGUCGAUCACCUGCCCAAUAUAUGUGCCAUCAAAUAUAGCAAUCGCGGCUACUAUGGGACGUAUCAAAAAGUGUGGUUCGAUAAGGCGGAGAUGAUCUGUGCUGGAUGUCAGGCAGGAGGCACCGGAGGAUGCACAAAGGACAGCGGCGGGCCUCUGACUGCCAAGUCAUCACGAGGGGGAUGUCCCGUGCAAGUGGGCCUUGGCAACUGGGAGAGACUGGGACUUGGACUGGGACUGGGAAGUGGAUGCGCGGAGGAGAACAAUCCAGAUGUGUAUGCGCGUGUCAGUAAUGCCGUGUCAUGGAUCGAAUCCGUCGUUCGGCAGCCUGUCAGGAGCACAGUGGUGGUCAGCGCGACAGACCAGUGUGACAACUGCAUCGGGAACCAGCACCCCACUGUCGCCGACUGCCAGCGCGCAGACAAGUACGAUCUGCAGCUGUGCGACAUGCAGGCACGACUUGCCAGUGCAUUCGUGUUAGAAGAACCACGGUGCAACGGUGGGAAGCAUAAGCUCAAAGCAUACCUCAACUUCCACAGGGGCUUUCCGGCCGCACCGGCAGCCAAACGCGAGCAGCUUAAACAGGGGUACGUCUUCUUCCUGCGCACCGACAAGGGGUCUGGCCGCAGCAUUGUCAUGCUUCCUAGACAUGGCAACACCACCACCUUCAAGGGGGUCAGGAUCAACACCCCACUUAAGAAGCCACAAUUCGCUGGAAAUCCGCCGACGGCAGUGAGGUUCGAUACGAAGGAGGGGGCAUGGAUUUAUCGCUGGCCAGGUUGCUCCUCACAGCACACAUAUGCAGCUCUCUAUGUAUUGGAUAUGGGGAGUGGAAAGCCAAAGUAUUAUCAGAUCUCCAUUGCCGUGGGCAAGGUCCCAUUACCAUGACAGACCUGCACACUUGAGGUACGCACCAGGUAGAAAUUUUUCAUGGUGGUGAUGAUGAUGAUGAUGAUGAUGAUGAUGAUGAUGAUGAUCAUCAUCAUCAUCAUCAUCGUCGUCAUCGUCAUCAUGAUCGUCAUCGUCAGCAGCAGCGGCAGAAGUAGACCAGUAAGAGAGAAGCAGGAGGAGCCAGCGCUUUAGGAUGAGGAGGUAAGGUUCCAGCUCCAGUGGCAUCAAAGCCCCAGCAAUCGAUAUGAUCACUGGUUAGGACAUCUCUUGUUUCUCCGAGUUUGUGCGGAGGAGUCCACAAGCUGAUUACGGACACGUGGAACACUGUCUCGCUGCAAUGUGAGUGCUUGCAGCACUCUGGUGUAAACACUGUACAACAUAGAUAGGACAAACACUACCGUCUUCCGCCGAACAUAACGCACCCUGAAAUUGAACGUAUGCAAGCUAUAUUUCCGGUCCGGUACAGCCAAGAUGAGGGUGCGUUGUGUUCUGGGGAAGACGCUAAUGCCAAUCCAUGUUCGCCACUGCCAUCACGAGCUCAUCAUCAUCAUCGUCAUCAUCAUCAUCAUCAUCAUCGUCCUCAUUAUCAUCGUCAUUAUCCUCAUGGCUAUUGUCAUCAUUAUCUUCGGCAGCAUGGCAGGAGCAGCAGUAGAAAUACUAGUAGCUGCAGCAGCGAAGGAGCUAGUAAGGGGAUACAGCGGAAGCGCAAUGGGUUGGUAGAAAAGAAACAUGCACCGGCAGAUUCACAUAAGGGAGUGUAGUAUGAGCAAAGUAGCAGUGGCAGGAGAUGUGUACCAUGAGUUGGCGUUUUGCAGUUGGGUGAUAUCAUGGGUGAUAUCAUGGGUGAUAUCAUGGGUGAUAUCAUUAGAACAGGGUUGGAGUAAUGGAGGGAGGUGUCGCUCCCCACCCACCAAUAGAUGGAGCACCAUGGUUUGAUAAAAAAGAAAAAAAGAAAAAAAAAGAAAGGGAGGUGUCUAUAUUGUAUUGUCAAUGCUAGGAGGGAUGAAGCGGCUCGGAGGGUUUCUUCUUUUACUUUUUUUUUUUUUUUUUGGUCAUCUGAAUCAGAUUCCAUCCGGAAUUGAACCCAUGCACUGUUCACUUACAGGUACAUGGGUCUGUUCAUAUCCGUGUGUGGGGGUAAGAUUAAGAUAUUUCAUUUCUUUUUUUUUCCGCUCUUUUAAUUAUUUAGGUUGAUAGAGCCAUAAGGAAUUGAUUAUCGUCCGACAUGGCACCUGUAUAGUUUAUAGUAAUUUUUUAAUUAUUUUUAUUAAUUUACUUAGCGCAGGACUCGGUAGCUGGAACCGAAUCUUUCUAAUUGGUGCCCAUCAGAUCACAUGUGAAUCACAGUGGGGAUGUGAAAUACACCAUCAAUUUUUGGCUAGGACAGACAGCAAGACGACCGACCGGUCGUUGUCCUCGCUAGGUCCGUGAAGAUGACAUCCGUCGACAGUUCUGUAAGUCUUUUGUAUAUGUCUUGUGAUAUUUGUUUAAUGUAAAGAGGGGAAGGAAAUCACUGUCGGUGCAGAGGAUGGAUGCUUGCAGCAGACACUGUGAAAACGGGAACAGCCAGUGUCAAAUUAUAAAGAGGGAAGUACUUUCAUGUCACAUCAGAGUUUCAUACGGGGAAAAAAAAGAAAAGAAAAGAAAAAAAGCGUCGGCAAAGAGACCAGGGGCGCGCGAGUUCAAAAACGGGCAAUGAAAGUACAAGUACCGG